AUGGCCGAUUUUGCUUGCUUGGACUUGCUUGCUGGGUAUGGGCCAUGGGCCAUGGGCCAUGGGCUGUGUAGGAUGUGGGCCAGACGAGACAGGCAAAGGGCAGUUAGUCGAGAGAAAGCAAACAUGGCUCGCUCCCAAGGACGGGUGGUGGAGGUGCUAGGAGCAGUCAACAGGUCAGCAUCCGCGAACCACCGUGUGUGGGCUUGCUGCGGCUGCUAUUGCUACUACUGCACGCAGGUAGCGACUCAUCAACCCACCAGCCCGCCAACCCGCCAGCCCGCGGCAGGUCAGGUCUGGAUGAGGGAGGGAUGGGAGGGAAGAGGGCCAUGGCAUGGCAACACACUUGUUGGCAAGGCAGAGGACCGAGAUGAGUGGGUGCCCCAGGCCGUGUGUGCACGCCAACUAAUUCGGGCAUCUUGGAACCAUCCACCGGGGGGCUUGGGUGGACGCGUGCAAGGAGCCAGAAUGCAGUAA